UUUUUUUUCUAUCCUUAUCGGCUUAUCUAUGCAUAUAUGGUGGCAUGCCUUGAAAUUUAUUAAUUUCGACCGGACCUUUUAUAAGACUCACACAUUGCUAAUAAGUCUAGAUAUAUUGUGACUCAAGAGAGUUAAGGAAUUUUUUCCUAGAAGCUCAAUUGACUUCAAUUGGGAGCAGGGAGCCCCAAACUUUGGUCUCGUGAGCUCUUGAGACCUUCCUCCUUCCAAUCCCUCCCUACAUUCUAGCUCCUACUUGCUACCUACCUAGGUAGCUUGUUAGUUAUUAUGGCUCUCUCUACCAAGCUUGCAGGUCGAGCACCUAUGCUGCUACGACAUACCCGAAGGUUACCCAUAACUCGAAGGCAGCUUACCACAACGAGUUAUCGAGCUCCCUCCCAACUUCUCGCCUCAACUCGAAAAGCCGGAUUUUUACAGGAAAGGAAAUUCUCUGUCACCGCCCUUUGUUCCGCUGCGAACAUAGCUGCUCAAGAGGCGCCUAAUCCUAAGGCCUAUCUAGAGAGUGGCGUGAUAAAGCCAAGGGAUGUUGUAAAUGUUAAGAAGGUGCUGGUUAUUGGUAGUGGUGGCCUAGCAAUUGGACAAGCCGGAGAGUUCGACUACUCAGGUUCCCAGGCACUCAAGGCUCUCAAGGAGGCCGGAGUAGCCUCUGUCCUCAUAAAUCCAAAUAUUGCUACUAUUCAAACCAACCAUAGCCUCGCUGAUGAGGUUUACUACCUCCCCGUCACUCCGGAAUAUGUAACCUACGUUAUUGAAAAGGAACGGCCCGAUGGUAUCUUCCUGUCCUUCGGUGGACAGACAGCUUUGAACCUGGGUGUGCAAAUGCAGCGCAUGGGGUUAUUUGAGAAAUAUGGUGUCAAGGUACUCGGUACAAGCGUCCACACCUUGGAGCUAAGCGAGGACCGAGAUCUUUUCGCAAAGGCUCUCAACGAGAUCGAUAUUCCAAUCGCCAAGUCAAUUGCUGUCGGUACCGUCGAUGAUGCUCUAGAUGCUGCCAACAAAGUCGGAUACCCUAUCAUCGUCCGCGCUGCCUACGCGCUAGGAGGUCUAGGUUCCGGUUUCGCCAACAAUGAGGAGGAACUGCGCAACAUGGCUGCUCGAUCUCUUACUCUCUCGCCCCAGAUCCUUGUUGAGAAAUCAUUGAAAGGUUGGAAGGAAGUCGAGUAUGAAGUCGUUCGUGAUGCGAAUAAUAACUGUAUCACUGUCUGCAAUAUGGAAAACUUCGAUCCUCUGGGAACCCAUACGGGCGACUCAAUUGUCGUUUCACCUAGUCAAACGCUUAGCGACGAGGAGUACCACAUGCUUCGUACUGCAGCUAUCAAGAUUAUUCGUCACCUAGGGGUUGUUGGCGAGUGUAACGUCCAAUAUGCCCUCCAACCAGAUGGACUCGACUACAGGGUGAUUGAGGUUAAUGCUCGUCUUUCUCGGUCAUCAGCUCUUGCUUCGAAAGCUACCGGAUAUCCUUUGGCUUACACGGCGGCAAAGAUCGGCCUUGGUCACAGCUUGCCUGAGCUACCGAAUGCUGUUACCAAGACUACCACCGCCAACUUUGAGCCUUCCCUCGAUUAUAUCGUAACAAAGAUACCUCGUUGGGACUUGUCCAAGUUCCAGCAUGUAAAACGGGACAUUGGAAGCGCUAUGAAAUCCGUGGGCGAAGUAAUGGCUAUCGGAAGAACCUUUGAGGAAUCAUUUCAAAAAGCUAUUCGCCAAGUUGACCCCAAGUUUGUCGGAUUCCAGGGCGACAAAUUUGAAGAUCUUGAUUAUGAACUUUCGCACCCAACAGACCGCAGGUGGCUAGCAGUUGGUCAGGCAAUGCUCCACGAAGGUUACACAGUCGACAGGGUUCACGAGCUGAGCAAAAUUGAUAAGUGGUUCUUAUACAAGCUUCAAAAUCUCGUUGACUGCACCAAGGAAUUGGAAGCUGUCGGUAGCAUAAGUGGGUUGAAACGGGAUCUCAUCCUUAAGUCCAAGAAGAUGGGCUUCUCUGAUAAGCAGAUCGCCAAUGCCGUCAAGAGCGAUGAGGACUCCGUUCGUGCUCUUCGAUUAAGCAUGGGCAUCCGCCCAUUCGUGAAGAGGAUAGACACUUUGGCUGCCGAGUUCCCAGCAGAGACAAACUACCUAUACACUACUUACAACGCCAGUUCUCACGAUGUUACUUUCGAUGACAAGCCCACGAUGGUUCUCGGAUCGGGUGUAUAUCGUAUAGGAUCGUCGGUUGAGUUUGACUGGUGUGCUGUGAGUGCCACUGUCGCCUUAAGGAAAAUGAACAAUAAAACAGUUAUGAUCAACAAUAACCCGGAGACAUUGAGCACAGACUUCGAUUCUGCCGACAAGUUGUAUUUCGAUGAGCUUAGUUAUGAGAAGGUUAUGGACAUCUAUGAGCUAGAACAAGCCUCAGGUGUCGUGGUGUCUGUUGGUGGUCAACUUCCGCAGAAUAUUGCUUUACGACUCCAGGAGGCAGGCAAGGCCAAUGUUUUGGGUACCGACCCGCGUGAUAUCGACAAGGCCGAAGACAGACAAAAGUUCUCUGAGAUCCUUGACAGCAUUGGCGUGGACCAGCCGGACUGGAAGGAACUGACUUCUGUAGCUGAAGCUGAGAAGUUCGCCGAACAGGUUGGCUACCCGGUUUUAGUCCGCCCAAGUUAUGUCCUGUCAGGCGCUGCUAUGACUGUCAUUCGAGGCCAGGCGGAUUUGAAGGAGAAACUAGAAGCUGCAAGCAACGUAUCACCCGACCACCCCGUUGUUAUAACCAAGUUUAUUGAGGGCGCCGAGGAGAUCGAUGUUGACAGUGUUGCCUACCAAGGUAACUUGGUCAUUCACGCCGUUAGUGAGCAUGUAGAACAUGCUGGUGUUCACUCUGGUGACGCUACCCUGGUUUUACCCCCUGUCAACUUGGAUGACAGGACAAUGGAGCGACUCAAGGAAAUCGCGAAGAAGGUUGCUAAGGCUUGGAACAUUACUGGUCCAUUCAAUAUGCAAAUCAUCAAAGCAAAUGGCCCCGAAGGCGAAGAGCCUGCGCUCAAAGUUAUCGAGUGCAACCUUCGAGCAUCUCGAUCCUUCCCCUUCGUCAGCAAGGUCCUCGGCACUGACUUCAUCGACGUUGCCACAAAAGCGCUUGUUGGCAAGGAUGUUCCUGAACCUACGGACCCGAUGGCUGUUAAGAGGGACUACCUCGCUACCAAGGUCCCUCAAUUCUCGUGGACCCGUCUUGCCGGAGCUGAUCCGUUCUUGGGUGUCGAGAUGUCCAGUACGGGAGAGAUGGCCUGCUUUGGCAAGGACCUCGUGGAGGCAUACUGGACCUCUCUCCAGUCCGCCAUGAACUUCCGUGUCCCAGAGCCUGGUGAGGGUAUCCUCCUUGGUGGCGAGACAUCCAGGGAAUGGCUUACUAAGGUCGUUGAUUAUCUCUCACCCCUCGGCUACAAGUUCUACGCAGCUGGUGAAGAUGUCAAACAAUUCAUCGAGUCGACCGCCAAGGACCAGGUCACCGUCGAAGUGAUCGAAUUCCCCAAGGAGGACAAGCGCUUGCUCCGAGAAGUCUUCCAGAAGUACGACAUCCGAGGAGUGUUUAACCUUGCUCUAGCCCGAGCUAAGACAGUUAUGGACGUGGACUACGUGAUGCGCCGAAACGCCGUCGACUUUGGCGUCCCGUUGUUCAUGGAGCCUCAGACCGCAAUGCUCUUCGCCCAAUGCAUGAACGAGAAGCUACCCCGGAAAGAAGGCAUCCCAUCGGAGGUCCGUCGGUGGUCCGACUUCAUCGGCGGCAAGCCACUGUAGAGUACCAGAUACAUAUACCCUAUUUCCUCAACCCCCUAAAAACAUCAAAACUUCAAAAAUCGUAACGUUGGUUUGCGAUAGUUCCCUUUUUUUCCACUUACAUAUAAUAGGCGUUGAAUGAGGAUUCGUUCAUGGUUUCCUUCUUUGCGGGGGGAGGGGCGGACGGGUUGGUGUAAGAGAAAAAAAAAAGGAUAUGACGAAGGAUGGGUUUUCCCCCUCUAAUUCUAUUCCGCAAUUCUACUUCUUGGGGUAGAAGUAGAUUAGGUAGAUUAGUCUAUCUAAAAUGAAAAGUUAAAUUACUUAA